AUAUUUUUCGCUUAAAUAUAUGCCUAUCCAUUUCCGUCAAAAUCUCUUGUGCAACACAGCAGCAGUUUUCCCGUCGCUGAUCGGAAUUCCGAUGGAAGCCGAGAAGGAUUGCUCUUUCAACCAAGACUUGAUUCACGAAAUCUUCAAGCUCGUCUGGAGAAAAACUGCUGCAGAUCGCGAGAAAAACGAAAUCUCCCAAACUAUGGAUGCCGAGAUUGUUGGAGCAGCUACCACCUCCAGGAAAAACCGCCCUACUUCUGCAAAUGCAGCUGCAGUGAAGCUUAGUUGUGAACUUCUUCGAGUUUUUGUUGCAGAAGCUGUACAACGUGCUGCUGUUAUUGCUGAAGCUGAAGGUACUGAUAGGAUUGAAGCAACACAUUUAGAGAGGAUACUUCCACAGUUACUUUUGGAUUUUUGAGGUACUCCUGAAACAUUGAGUUAUGACUUAAGUGCAACUGUGCAAGCCACACAGAUAUUACUGGAGAUUCAGCACUUCAGUGAUUAACUUAUAAUCUGAUUAUGGUAUUUUUAAAACCAUAUUCUGACAAUUUCUGCAUUGAAGUGGGUAGAUGAUAUGUAAUAUUUUCUGGAAACAAAUUUGAUUUGAUUUGUAAAUAAAAUGCAUUUCUUUUUAAGUUUUUAUAAUUAUCGAUUAGACUUGCUGUAAACAAAUCUUUCUGCAAACUUUGGAAAACACGUUCCAUGUUGAGUUGGUAUAUAUUUGAAUUUUAAGGA